GGAUCUAAUUAUAAUUUGAGGCAGCAAAUACACUGGCUUCGCCACACGAUUGGCUUCAAAGUGGAUAGUGCCGAGAGAGAGAGGGAGAGAAGCUAAUAGAAAGUAAGGUUUGUUGCGUUCAAAGCCGGCCAGAGCCAAGCCGAGGUUGCAGCAUUUAAUAGAAGCUGCCCGCUUGCUUGUAAAUCAGUUUUAGUCAGUGCCUUCCUCACUCUUCUCAAGAGUUUAAUGAGGGAAAGCGUAGCUUCCAGAGAUAGAGGCAGAAGACAGAGCGAUGUGAGUGGAAGUAAAGGGGAGGAAGGGGUGGGGGCAGUCAAUCCCAAAUAAUAGACAAAACGUGGUGUGAAGGAGAGAGAGAGAGAGAGAGUGAGACACACAUCAAUCAAGGCAUCCUGUCUUCUCCAAACUGCGGCAAUGGCUUCAGUGCUGGUGGCCAACAGGGCGCCAGGAAGUGCAGGCAGCCAGCUGAAAUGCAAGUUCAAGAGAAGGAGAAGGAGAAGAUCGAAGAGGAAAGUUUGUUCUCCUCCUCCUGUUCUGAAGACAGUGACACAUGCCGGGGUAUGGUUCCAUUGCAGCGCCAGGCCUCCAGUCCCACACCGAACUGAAUACAACUCUUCAUGUGGGAGCCGAGACAAUAAAUUGAACACACUUUCUUCGUUCAUUGGUCCAUUCAAGUAUUUCAGCCCUGGUUUGGAAAAUACAGAGGAUGAGGACAAUCUGAGCACCAGCAGUGCAGAGGUAAAGGAGAACCGCAAUGUUGGAAAUCUAUCUCUGGAGGAUCACAGCCGAGCAGCCGGUGACCGCCAGGUCUUCCGUUGUUCCGACGCGGCUACAGGCGGAGCGCCUGGCCUGAAAAGGAAAAGACCCUUGGAGGAAGGGAACAACGGGCACAUGCACCCUAAGGUGCAGCUGAAGUGUAAGAAACUCUCCUGGUCGGUGACACCAAAGAAUGCCUUAGUGACGCUGAACGAGCUCAAGCCGGGGUUACAGUACCAGAUGGUCUCCCAGACGGGACCCGUGCACGCACCCAUUUUUGCUAUUGCUGUCGAGGUGAACGGUUUGCUCUUCGAAGGUACGGGACCCACCAAAAAGAAAGCAAAGAUGAGGGCCGCUGAGAUGGCCCUGCAGUCUUUCGUGCAGUUCCCUAACGCGUCGCAGGCUCACUUCACCCUGGGGAACUGCAUCAACCCCAGCGCGGAUUUCACAUCCGACCAGGCUGAUUUCCCCAACACACUGUUUAAGGAGUUUGAGCCCUCGGCUCAGAGUGAUGGCCUGCCUUGCUGCAGCCCUGCUGAAAACGAAUUGCUGUACAGCGACUGCAGACGUGGGCGAUUACUCUGCCACACGUUGGAUUUAAUGGUCCAAGCCAAACAAAACAAGCACAAGGUUCCGUUCCCAGCAGCGAGCCGGAAGAAUCCAGUCGAGAUGUUAAAUGAGCUGCGUCCGGGCCUGAGGUACGUGUGCAUCUCGGAGACUGUCGAGAAGCAUGUCAAGAGCUUUGUGAUGGCAGUAAGGGUGGAUGGGAGAAUGUUUGAAGGCUCAGGACGCAGCAAGAAGCUGGCCAAACUCCAAGCUGCACAGGCUGCUCUUCAGACUCUCUUUAACAUCCAGCCUGCUCCCAGUGGAAAGCCCUGUCAAGUCCCUGGCAGGAAUAAAUAUCCUCAUUUACCACAGGAGUUUGCGGAUGCAGUAUUCCAAAUGGUCACAGAGAAAUUCAAAGAGCUGACAGACAAUUUGACCUCCUCACAUGCACGGCAUAAGGUACUAGCAGGAAUCGUAAUGACAAGAGGUCUAAACAUGAAGGAGGCCCAGGUUGUCGCUCUGUCAACAGGGACAAAAUGUAUAAAUGGAGAAUAUAUUAGUAACCAGGGUCUAACGCUUAAUGAUUGCCAUGCUGAAAUUGUGGCACGGAGAUCUUUUCUUCGAUUCCUUUACUCUCAGCUGGAGCUACAUUUAAGUAAACAGCCAGAUGAUUGGGAACGGUCAAUUUUUGCUUGUCAGAAGGAGGGAGGCUACAAGCUGAAAGAUAGCAUCCUCUUCCAUCUAUACGUAAGCACACCCCCAUGUGGAGAUGCACGUCUCAACUCGCACCGAGAAGCAAAGGCUGAACUGCUCCACAGUAGACCGUUGAACAGGAAAGUCCGGGAGCAUCUAAGAACAAAGAUUGAAUCUGGAGAAGGCACCAUUCCAAUCCGAACCUGCCACUCCAUCCAGACAUGGGAUGGAGUAUUACAGGGAGAACAUCUACUCACAAUGUCCUGCACUGACAAGAUUAACAGGUGGAACAUUCUGGGUGCUCAAGGAUCUCUCCUGAGUCAUUUUAUUGAACCGAUCUACCUACAGAGCAUCGUGUUGGGAAGCAUGCAUCAUGUUGGUCACCUUUCCCGUGCAUUAUGCCAACGGCUGGAGGAUGUUGUUCAGCUGCUACCACCUUAUCGAUGCAACCAGCCUCUCCUGAGCGGCGUCAGUAGCACUGGAUUUCGUCAGCAAAGAAAGUCGCCUAGCUUCAGCGUAAACUGGACAUUGGGUGACUCUGACCUGGAGGUCAUUAAUGCCACAACUGGAAAGGGAGACCUGGGUAGCUCAUCCAGGCUCUGCAAACGUGCACUUUAUACCCAGUGGGCCAAGCUUUAUGGCAAGCUGAGUACACGAGGCUCGAACCUUCAGGGAGUGCCAUCCAUGUACUGCGAAGCCAAACUGGCAGCCGAGCCUUACCAGGCAGCCAAGCGGCAGCUGUUUAAAGCAUUGCGGAAAGCCGACCUGGGCACGUGGGUGAAGAAACCACCAGAGCAGGAUCAGUUUCUGCCAACUGCGGAGGGACAGCAGACACAGGCACUGGCUUGUGAUUUUUAAUAUGGACUUCAACAAAAGAACAUGAAAAGCUAACCUCCAAAUCUCCCUCAUUUCUUCGGAAGACAGCUUCACGCCAUCGCCUCAACGCCAUCAUGCCCCAUCAUGACAAGGCUCAAAGGCUGUUCAUAGUAAAUGCAGAGCUCCAUUGCCCAUUGAUAAUGAAUUGCCUGACAGAAUCAAGAACCCUCUAUCUCUCACAUUGCAGCUGAAAAGCAACAAGGAGUAAAAGUUCAGUAAUAUAGAGUCAGAAAUUCAACCUGUUCACCCAACAACUGAUGUGACGGGCACUUUAGGGAGAAGGAUAAAAUCCUUCUUUCAUCAAGUUGUCUGUUAGGGUGCUCUCAUUCCAAAUGCUCAUUUGCUGUAUCCAUUAAAUACAAUUUAAGAAUUAGUUUCUUAUUAAUCUGUAAUUUAUACACAGUCUCCCGAUGCACAACUUAUACAAUCUUUUCCAGUUAAUGUCCAAACAUUAACUGGUUUGAAGUGAUUAUUCAACUUCAGUGUAAAGCAAAAUUGAACUGAGCUAGCACAACAAAAAUACAGUCUUAGCCCCACCCGAAUCAGUAUUGCUUAUCGCUGAGGUAACUAUCUUUGUAUCACAAUCAGGACAUGAGUGUAUUAACGCCAAGCAAUGAGCUGUUCAGUGAAGCACAACAAAACUCUUUUGGAGUCAAGACAGCCAACUCUAUGGGAAAUGGAGGUAGAUCCCAGGUGAAACAGUAGCUAAGAAUUCUGGCCUGUUUGAGAAUCAUACUUCCACAAUCAGGCUUUCAGUUUAAAGGUUGAUCAAACGUUAUAUUGGAAACUAGAGAAUAAAAUCCGUGAAACCACAGCUGAGAGAAUGGACUCACGGCAACACCAGAAAAGAAAAAGCAGCUUGAUGUUGUAAAGUAGGGGAUAGCAGAGCUGCCCCACUGACACCUAUGACCCACGAAACUUACAGAAUACAAGAGGCCUGGAUAGAGUGGACAUGGAGAAAAAUGAUUCCAUUGGUAGGAGAGGCCGGGACUCAAGGGCACAGCCUCAAAGUGAAGGGGCAACCCUUUAGAACUGAGAUGAGGAGGAAUUCUUUCAGCCAGAGGAUGGUGAAUCUGUGGAACUCAAUGCCACACAGGGCUGUGGAGGCCGAGUCAUUGAGUGUAGUUAAGGCAGAGAUAGAUAGGUUCUUGGUUGGUAAGGGAAUCAAGGGUUAGCGGAGAAUGGGGUUGAGAAACAUAUCAGCCAUGAUUAAGUGAGGUGGUUCAGUAAUUGACACUCACAGGCACCAGGGACCUGGCUUCAAUUACAUUCUUGGGAGACUGUCUGUGUGAAGUUUUGUGUUCCCCCCAUGUCUGCAUGGGUUUCCUCCAGAUGCUCCAGUUUCCCCCCACGUUGGAAGAUGUGCAGGUUGGGUGGAUUGGCCAUGCUAAAUUGCUCCAUAGUGUUCAGAGAUGUGCAGGCCAGAUGGGUUAGAUCUGGUCAAUGCAGGGUUAUUGGGAUAGGGUGGGUGCUUGGUUCUGAGUAGAAUGCUCUUGGAGGGUCAGUGUGGACUCGAUGGGCUGAAUGGCCUAAUUCUGCUCCUAUAUCUUAUGGUGUUAUUGCGACCCACACAAUACCACACUUGGUCGGACUUGCGAGUGGAUGAGUGAACUGCCUACCCCUCCCCCUCCACCCCAAUGCAGGCACGAGGCUGUUCGACUGUGCAAAUGGAGAGCAAUAACGAUUGCAGAAUCCUGAAGCAACACUCUGACACAAGUUUCUGACUUAGGUCUUGAGUGGUCUCUCUGAAAGGCCUCUUGAUAAACACUGCAAAGCUUAUAUUUUUGUUGAACCAGAAUGAGUGGUGUUGCUCUCAAAUAUAUUAUUUGCCACUGGCAACUCAGACUCAUUCUCCUGCACAUGUGCUGCUCAGCUUCAGUUUACUUCCGUCUGGCAGAGAAGGAAAAGUUGGUAAGAGUUAUAAAUUAUGCAAACUGGUCCAAUCAGUUCCUUUCUAAGUAUUACUGUGUUUUUUUUACUGUUUCUUUUCUCUCUCUAUGACAUGGUCACCCAGCAGUUGCAUUUGCUCCCCCUACAUGUCAUCACACAUGUCCAAGGUUCAAUAUGGAGCAUAGAACAUAGAACAUAGAACAUUACAGCACAGUACAGGCCCUUCGGCCCUCGAUGUUGUGCCGACCUGUCAUACCGAUCUCAAGCCCAUCUAACCUACACUAUUCCAUGUACGUCCAUAUGCUUGUCCAAUGACGACUUAAAUGUACUUAAAGUUGUUUAAAAUAUGGCUAAGACUUUCUAAAAGAUGGAGGGUGUUUUUCUCCCAGUUCGGAUUUGAAGUAGAUUGGAUGAUGCGCUUGGCUGAGGCAGCAUGUUCCAAAACAAAAUGACCGCAUCAGUAAGGAAAUUAGCCCUGAACCAACUGAUUUUCCUCAAGAUCAAAUCCAUUGCAUGAAGGAACGCACACUUCUUCACACCAAAAGCUGUUAAUCCAGAAAAUUUCCCCAUCUACCCACUCAAACCAUAUAAAAUGCCAAGGCUAUUUAAUUGGAGCGGCCUCCAGGCUUCCCUUUAGGAACUCUAUUGCACAGAGAACAUGACUUUUCCCAGGCUGCAGAGACAUCCUCACUUGGGCAGGAGUGCUGCUUAUCCAUUUAAAGAAAACCUGCUGCCCUGAUUGGAUCAGAAUGCCCUGUGGUUUCAUCGGGGUGAUGCCCAAACUGAUAUGUGCCCAGGGAGUUCACCUGGUGGCUAGACCCCACCGGAAUAUGGAGCCCUGAUCUCUGGCUGGGUUAGCACUGGAGGCAAGCGGUGAGCAGGGUUCUGGAAGAACCAUUGCGAGCUUGGUCUGUGGAUUUUCAAGCUCCCCACCCUGAGUCCUUUAGCCUCUGCUUGGGGCAACAUUAUUUUCCCAAACUGUGCAUCCACGUUUGGUUUUCUCUUGAAGUGAAGGCUCACACUUGAUAUCAGUUUUGAGCAUGGCCCUGCAAAGGUCUUUCUGCAGAUUCUGGAGAGAGGUAGAACGGUUCAUUAAACGAAAAAUCUCGCACCGACAAUAUUGGGAGGAUACGUUUCCAUUAAUGACUUGGUCAUAUAUGUGGAUGAUUAGGUGUGUGCCAUGAGUCAGUUUUAGCAACAGAAAGAGACUCUGGAGAGCUCAGGUAAUAACAGAAAGUAAAAAGGCAGCUUUUCCUUUCAGAAUUUCCAUUCCAACAAAUACAUGUGGUACUGAGUACGUCUUUGCUUUCAAUUCUUGCACAAACAACAGAAAGACAUUUCUGUCCAGUUUUUGUGUCUGGAAUUUGUUUUGUCGUCUUUCAGUCAUGAUGAGAAGAAACAGUGUUACUCAUAGCAAGUUGACUGUACAUUUCCUGAUAUUUUUGCUGUCUUAAUUUUUAAAUUUCAUAUUUAACAAAUGUACAAAGAUUAAUAUUCCGUGUCAUGCGACACGCUAUGUAAGAAGAUUGGAUACUUUUGCUUGGCUCUGUUAGCAUCUGAGAACAUACGAGCCUUUUUUGAGGAUGUAAAAAGUGUGUAAUGCAAUUGGUGCCAUGUACAUACAAUAAAAUCUUGAACA